AUGGAAAAGGAAAAGGCAUUUAUUCGGAUUGGCUCUGUGUUUCCCGAGAAAGAGGAAAGAGAAAGGUGCCCCAAUUUUGAAACUCAAUCACUCUCACUCACACUCCCUUCAAUUCUCUUCUUCUACUUCUGUGAUGUGUGUUCAAAUCAAGAAUUGAGGCAAAGCGAAGAUCAGAGAGGAAGAGAGAGAAUGGUUUCAUAUGUGAACAUCUUGCUGUACGGCGUGGGAGGGUUGGUGGUGGCAGGGAUGGCAUUGUUGGUGGCGUUUCAGGAGAAGCUCGUCUAUGUUCCGGUGCUCCCUGGCCUCACCAAGUCCUACGCCAUCAACCCCUCUCGCCUCAGGCUCACCUACGAGGACAUCUGGCUCCGCUCCGCCGACGGCGUUCGCCUCCACGCCUGGUUCAUCAAGCUCUUCCCCGAUUGCCGAGGUCCGACCAUUUUGUUUUUUCAAGAAAAUGCUGGAAAUAUUGCUCAUCGUCUUGAAUUGGUUCGAAUAAUGUUGCAACAGUUACAAUGUAAUGUUUUCAUGCUUUCUUACCGAGGUUAUGGAGCAAGUGAUGGCUAUCCUUCUCAGCAUGGAAUCAUACAGGAUGCUCAAGCUGCAUUGGACCAUCUUUCCCAAAGGUCUGAUAUUGACACGUCUAGAAUUGUUGUGUUUGGACGAUCACUUGGGGGUGCAGUUGGAGCUGUACUAACAAAAAAUAACCCUGACAAGGUUGCUGCACUGAUACUUGAAAAUACAUUCACAUCUAUAUUGGAUAUGGCUGGAGUUUUGUUACCUUUUUUGAAGUGGUUUAUCGGAGGAAGCUCUUCAAAAGGUCCCAAAGUACUCAAUUUUCUUGUACGUUCCCCAUGGAGUACUAUUGAUGUUGUUGGACAGAUCAAACAACCUAUCCUAUUUCUAUCUGGAUUGCAAGAUGAGAUGGUCCCCCCAUCACAUAUGCAAUUGCUUUACGCUAAGGCAGCUGCUCGUAAUAAUCAGUGUCUCUUUGUGGAGUUUCCUACUGGCAUGCAUAUGGAUACUUGGCUGGCUGGAGGUGAUCACUACUGGAGAACAAUUCAGCAGUUUCUUGAACAGCAUGCCCCAGUGCAAAAGGAAGACACGCAAAAUAAAAAUGAUACUGGGGCGAGAUGA